AUGUAAUCUUAAGAAUAGCAAACUCAACAGCUUCGUUCGGUGCGCUCGCUGGCAGCCAGUUUUUCGAAUGGUUCUGGAUCACUUUGGCUAACUAUAACUAGUGUUAAGGGGUAGCUUGUAGUGUGGGGCGCAUAAAAGUGUUGAAAUUUGGUAACGCCGACGGUGAAAAGUGGUCCAAACUGGAGGGCAAAGUUUGGGCCAUUUUUUCCCCCAGUCGCAGCAGGCCAAGAUUUUUCACCUCUUUGGUGUAAAUUUUUCAUUUCGAGUUUGCGCCGGUGUGAGUGCAAUCGCAGUGUGUGCGCGCGUGAGUGUGAGUGAGUGUUUGCGAUUUUUUAUUCGUCUCCCUCUCGGUUGGUUUCGAGUGAGGGUGGUUCUUUGUGUGAGUGAGUGAGCGAGUGAGCGCGAGGGGGGUGCCGAACGAGAUUCAAUUAAAGCAUCAUUUGAUAAUGGAUGACACUUUUUUUUGUUGGCUCUUCGUUUGAUGGUGUGCGUGUGUGCGCUCGCGAGCAGCUCGUGUGUGAGACAGGUUUUUUGCUCGAGCUCAGUGUUCAUCGGACAGUUUCGGGCUAAUGGCUGUUUUUUCAACACCUAUUACGUGCACAGUGCAGCAGCCGAGGACAUGAAAAUUAAGGCGAACCGUGCCCUUGCACCUUAACCACGCACCGUUAACUGAUUAUCGCCGAGCCCACCUGUCAAACGUCAAAGCAAUAGACGGGGAAAAAAACGAGGAUUUCCAAUUGGAAUCUAUAUCCCGUUCGAUGAAACAAACACACCUAGCUAUAAUGAAAUUACGAGAAAAAAUACAUUUUAAGAUUUAAACUUUAGAAAAAGUUUUACAAAAUCAUAAACCUCGCAUUAUUUAUAAAUUAAUUUUAAACUAUAAUUAAAUUUUAAACAAAAACAAAAUUAUUAUAUAUUAUAUUAAUUAAACAAAAUUGUAAACUAACACACGUAACUCGCAAAAAACACACACAAAAAUUCCUAACACACACACAAAACCAAUAAUCAAACAAACAAAAUCAAACAAAAAAAUGGCAUCCUCGCGGAAGAACGCAAAAUUCUCCACCAAAAUCCAGUUCUAUCUGAAGCACAGGGAGUCGCGGAUACUGAAGCUGUGCAACGACACGCUCGGCCCAGUCCCGAACGACUCGCUGAGCAGGGCCAUCUUCAAGCUGCUGUCGAAGCCCCAGGUGGACAACCGGCGGAUCAUACAGCUCCUCGCGGACAAGAAACGCUCCUCCACCAAAUCGACUGCCUCGCACAGCACCCUGAAGAUCAGCAGUAGCAGCAGCGCCCCUUCAGCAACGUCAUCCACCACAUCGUCCGCCGCAGCCAGCGCAGCCGCAGCGGCGUUAUCAGCAGCCGUCGCAGCCGCCGCCUCGACACCGGCGCCUGCCACCAACGCCAGCAACGCCCCUGCCCCUGCCACCACCGACUACCAGAAGGACGUCGAGCGGUUUCGCGGCCGGAUCAUCUGCCAGGACAACACGUGCAUCAUCGACCCGGCGGCCUCUCCUAAGAACGACAACAAUUCGAGCUCCUCGAAUCCUCGCACACACUCGUUUCGAAUUGUCUCGUUCAGCAAGGAGGGCGGAACGACCGCCGGAAGUAGUAGCAAUGGAGGGGACAGUGGAUCGACGACGUCUUCACCACCGCCGCCACCGGCACUGGACCCGAACUCGACGGCUGGGCCUGAGCAGCAGAGCAGUCCUCAGAAUCUGACCACGACCACCAGCACGGGUGGUCUCAAGCCGAUUCUGAUGUGCUUCAGCUGUAAGCUCAGCUUCGGGACGUGCCGGUCGUUCAUCGCUCACGCCAAGAUGGAGCACAGCCUGGUGCUGAACGACUACGAGCGGAUGCUGCUGGAGAAGAACUACAGCAGCGCCAUCAUCCAGACUGCGACGGAGAAGCAGUUUUACUUUCUGGUUCCUUUCGAGGAGAAGUCCUCAGCCAACAGCGCCAACAACGGUAGCAACAGUGGAAGCGUUAGCAGUAACGUUAGUAUUAAGGAAGAGGAACGGUUUAAGGGAAGCAGUAGCAGUAGCGGUAGUAACGGGGCGCAAUUGUCCCCGCAGCAACAACACCAGCAACAACUUCCACCACAAUCAGUAGUGCCAGCGCCCGAGAAGAGUCCAAACGCCUUUGACGCAGCCAGUUUCCCGAAGCUCACGCCCAGCAGUAUGCUCUACGACAUGGACAACAAGCUGCAGGCAAGCUGGAAACUGGCCGCGGAAAAGUACAGCAACGCCAUGAACGAGGCCGCAGCCAUGGCUGCGGCACAGCAGGAGCAGGAAAAGAACGCAGCCGCGGCCGUGGCGGCCGCAGCCAGUGGGAAACUGCUGACGGAUUUCCUCACCCAGCAGAAGAUGUUCUCCGCGGCGGAGAACCUGUACAGCAAGCAGAACAAGUUCCUGGAGUUGAUGAACUCGACGAAUCCGCUGGCUGCGGUCGGAAACGAUUCGCAAAUGGCCGCCAAGAAGUACAAUGCAAUGGAUCUGUACAAACAGCUGAUGGCGGCCAACAACUUCCGGCCGGAACCGUUGGAUUUGAAGGAGGAGUUGAAGGGCGGUGGGAUUGAUCAGCAACAGCCCCAGCAGCAGCAGCAACCGCAGAUUAGCGUGAAGAAGCUGGAGACUGAUCCGUCGGCAGCGGCUGCGUUCCGGAACGCGAACAGCUUCGCGCCGAACAUCUCGACGCGGAACUCGUGCAAGACGCUCAAGUGUCCCCAGUGCAACUGGCACUACAAGUACCAGGAAACGCUGGAGAUUCACAUGCGCGAGAAGCAUCCGGACGGGGAGACGGCUUGCAGUUACUGUUUGGCCGGUCAGCAACAUCCGCGGCUGGCGAGGGGAGAGUCCUACACCUGUGGGUACAAGCCGUACCGUUGCGACAUUUGUAACUAUUCGACCACUACCAAGGGCAACCUGUCGAUUCACAUGCAGAGCGACAAGCAUUUGAACAACAUGCAGGAUCUCAACGGUAUGAUGGGAAAGGGUAAUCCGGGUUUCUUGAAUUUGGCAACCCUGCAGGCUACCGAAGCGAAGGUUAACACGUCUCGCAACCAGUACAUGCAAGCGACAUCGCCGAUGUCGUUGUCCACGAAGAUCGGACAGGUUCAGCAACAACAGCAGCAGCAGCAGCAACAGGUACAACAGCCACUUCAACAGGCGAAGGAAUCUCCCGGAAGUUACGACCAGCAAUCGGGUGGUAAGUCGUUCCUCAAGUGUGACAUCUGCAACUACGGAACGAACAGCCCGCGGAACCUCCGGAUCCACAUGACCAGCGAAAAACAUAUCAGCAAUCUGAACUCGCUCCAGUCUAGCUAUGCCCAGCUGAAGAACCUCCAAUCCAUGCCGGACAACCUGGACUACCUGAGCGCGCUCAGUCUGAACGCCCUCAAAGCCCAAGAGCAGGAUCCCUCGUUGAACCGCGUUGAAGACUACAGUGCCAACUCGCUCAAAUCCCUCUCAAUCCCCUCGUCCCCGUUCGCUCCGAUCGACCCAACUACGGCCAGUACCGCCAACAGCGGCGCCCCCACCCCAGAGUCCCUCUUCCUGAACAACCCCUCGCCCUUCUCCGCCGGCAGUGAACCCGAUCGCAGCAACGCCGCCGACUUCCACCAGCAUCUCCACGCACAGCAGCAGGCGCACCACCACCAGCUGGACGAGGACAAGAACCCACUCCACUUUGAACCCCCGAUCCGGGUGUCGCUCGAUCCGACCUGCUACUACACCUGUCUGAUCUGCACCGACUUCGACACCAACAACCUCGAGGAACUCAAGAAGCACGUCAUCAAGGACCGACUCACGUCGAACAUUGCAAUGGAUUCGAUCGUGAUCUCGGCCGCCACCGGCGAAUGCAUGCUCUGCUCCUUCCGUUCCUCGUCGGCCGACCUCGAGCGGCACCUCAAAACCGAAACCCACCUCAAACGGCUCGACCUGAUGAUCCACCUGCUCGAGGGUCGCGAAAAGGCCAUCUCCAAGCUCAAAUCCUUCACCGGGCCCGACCUCUUCAAGAAGCUCUCCCUCAUCUUCCCACUGGCCGCCACGGCAGCCGCAGCCGCCGCCGCGGAGGAAGCGAAAUUUCCGUACGAAGAAAUGCCAAGCAUUAGCGAUAUUUCGCGUUCGCCGCUAACGCUGCUGCUCGAGCCCAAAACCGAACUCGUCGAACGGGGGGACGGCUACAGCAACGGCGGGCUCGACAGCACCGCCACCGAUCCGGACAACGUGCAGAUCAAGUGCAACUGCUGCAACUACUACACGACCUCGCUGGAGAAAAUCGGCAUCCACAGUCUGUCCGAGAAGCACAUCUUCCGGCGGAUCUGUUUCGACUACCUGCUGCUUAUCUCCAGCGAGAAGAACGGCGCCGGCUCGGGCGGUUCGCUCAGUCCGCUGAACUUGCUGAAGGGAGAGGAUAAUCGCGCGGGAAGAUCUGCCAACGGGCAACAGCUGCAGCUGACGUGCGUGCCGUGCGGGUUCAAGACGGACCACAUCUACUACAUGAUCCACCACCUGAAGAAGAGCUGCAAGGUCGAGCAGAACAUCAACCUGCUCGGGCUGAGGAACAUCUUCAAGCUGACUCCGAAGGGCGCCGAUUCCCAAGAUGCAAUGGACUCGGCAUCGGCGGCCAUCGGAGACAACAACCACGGCACCGGUUCCGCCGUCAGUGCGCUGUGCAGCAUCCUGCAGGAGAAGAAACCCUGGAACGGGGAGAACUGCAACGGCAACAGGAAUAAUAACAAUAACAACAACAACAAUGGCAGUGGAAACAGCUCGGCGGGUGGUGGAUCCGGUGGAACCGGUGCCGACGGCGGAGCGGGCUGCAAGGAUCGCUGCCUGGUGUGCAGCGUGUGCAACAACUUCUCGUCGAAGAAGAUCAACGUGAUGCAGCACCUGCUGGCGAACCACAACGUCGGCAACGAGCUGCUGGCGCAGGACUUUCCCAACCUGAACGUGCCGUCGUCGGCGAUCCAGAAGAAACCGUUCGACUACCUGCGGACGCUGACGGAGGCGCGCAGUGCCCAGAACCUGCGACUGAUCGAGAAGGUCACCUUCAUGAACGACACGUUCGCUCUGAAGGAGAACUGCAACGAUCUGAAGCACGGGAAUUUGGCGGAGAUUCUGGAGAGCGUGAUUGGGGGUGGGAAGGGCGGCGAUGGGGAGGUGGGGGAUGGGGGGAAGUUGGAGAAGAACCAGGUGCAGACGGUUUCGUGUCCGCUGUGCCCGGAGACGUUCCUGGAUCAGGUGAACGUGGAGACGCACGUAAUUCGCGUGCACAACAUCAAGAUGGAAGGCUUGAACCGACUGCUGAAGCUGGUUGAUACCUCGCAAUUUCUUAAGACCACCAAACAACAGCAGCUUGGCAGUCCGGACAAGUCACCGCCGGCGAAGAAGGAAGGCUCGCCCUCGCCCGAGAUCAAAUGUUCCUUCUGUAAGGUUUGCUUCGACUCGAUGGUAGACCUGAAGAUACACUGCAACGAAAGCAAUCACUUCAAACGUAACGCCGAAUCGGAGGAUCUCGCGUGCUUCCUGAACGACUGCAAGGACGCAUUCGACAACCUCACCGAUUUGCACCAGCACUUUAAGGCGAACCACCUGAACUUCCUGAUCUCGGAGAACCACACGUACAAGUACCGCUGCAAGCUGUGCCCGUUCGCGUUCAAGACGCACGAGAAGCUGAACCGGCAUCUGUUUUACCACUCGCUGCGGGAGUCGACCAAGUGCUUCUACUGCGAUGCCCACUUCAAGAACAUCAACUCGCUGACGGCUCACAUCACGGAGAAGCACCCGCAAGAGUCGCAAGCGCAAAAGGGCGAAGCGAACCCGCAGGACGCCAGCUCGAUACUGUUCUUUAAGGAUUUGAAGCGCAAGAUGAUGAACAGCGGAAGCAACAACAAGAACGGCAUGAGUCCCAAGUCGGAUCGUAGCCAGACGCGGGACAGCGCCGACGAGGAUCGGCUGAGUGAAAAGUCCAUGAGCAGCAAGAGCAGCCUCUACUACGACAAGAGUCUGGACGGUUCGAUGGACGGGGGUGGGAAGUUCUCGUGCAGCGACUGUCGGUUCAGCUUUACCGACUCGGCAGCGCUGGAACGACACGCAACUACGGUGUUCCACAUGCCGAAGGAGAAGGACUGCAAGGGGGUGGGUGGUGGAGGUGGUGGGGGAGGGACGGAUGGAAUCGGUGGUCUCGCCAACAAGCAGCAGCUGUUCUACGACAUCAAGUCGGAGAAGUUUACGAAUCCGAAUCGGCCGUUCAAGUGUACGAUCUGCAUGGAGAGCUUCACGCAGAAGAACAUCCUGCUGGUGCACUACAACAGCGUCUCGCAUCUGAACAAGCUGAAGAAGGUCAAGUCGGAGAAGCAGCCGCCGUUCCCGUUCUCGUUCGACGGAGGAGAUGCGUGCGAGCACGGGGAGAAGCAAGACUUUAAGAACUUUGGCUUGCCAAUGUUCGGGGAAGGGGGAGUGGGAGGAGUAGGGGAGAAGCGGAAAGACCUGGACGAGAAAGAGACUGCCCGGAAGAAGUUCAAGUGUGACAUCUGCAACGUAGCGUACACCCAGGGAAGCACGCUGGACAUCCACAUGAGAAGCGUGCUGCAUCAGACGCGAGCUUGUCGACUGCAGGAGCGGAGCAUGUUUGGGAACGUUGGAGGGGUUGUUGGGGAGAAGAAGCCGUCGGACUUUCCGCUCAUCAAAACGAUACCGGAAAGUCACGAGUCGCCAAACUUUAUCGACGAUACUCCGAUGCGUAAGAUCAAAUCUCCAGCGGAGCAGCAGCCGCAGAUGCCACCGCAGCAACAACAGCAACAGUCGCCUCAACAACCGGUUCAGCUUCCGCAGCAACCACCGCCGAUGCUGAACCCGAUGCUGGGAGCACUUGGGAUGGGAGCGGCUCAGCUUGGAGGCAUCGACAAGCCGGAAAUCGUCCUGUGCGAGUGCUGCUUCCAGGUGUUCCCGAACAAGGCAACGCUGGAAAAUCAUCUGGAACUCAGUCCAGAGUGUUUUGCGCUGAAAAAAAAGAUGCUGGAGAGCAACGCCAUGCCGGAGACCUUUGCCGACAACUUCCAGCAGCAAGCGCUGAACGAACUCGCCAAGGUGAACGCUAUGCCAGGGUUCGACCUUAAUCCGGAAGCCCUCCUCGGGAAGACCCCAUUCCCGAUGGAUCCGACAGCGAACCUGAUGGCGGAUCCCAACUUCCUGAAAAACGCCUCGCUACUCCAGUUUGCGACCGACCCGAACAACAAACUCGGUCCGAACGCCCUCAACGUACUGAACUUUAUGCACUUCCACCACCUGAUGUCGCUGAGCUACUUGAACCUCGCACCGCAGCUCAACUUUGGCGGAGUUCCGCCCAAAGGUCAAGACAUCAACGCCAAAACCGACCUGGAGAAGAUCAUCCCGGUGGACAAGACCAAACUGCCCCAGGUCAACCUGCCGCAGAAUCUCAACGGCAAGUCUCCGCUCGAUCUGAACAUGAUGCAGCACGCAAUGGACGGCAAAAUGCUGCCCCAACCGCCGCAACAACAGCCGUGCACCCAGAAACGCGCCCGAACUCGCAUCACCGACGAUCAGCUGCGCAUUCUGCGGUCCCACUUUGACAUCAACAACUCGCCAAGUGAGGAAAGCAUCCAGGAGAUGUCGCUGAAGGCGAACCUCCCGCCGAAGGUGGUCAAGCACUGGUUCCGGAACACGCUGUUCAAGGAACGUCAACGCUCCAAGGACAGUCCGUACAACUUUAGCAUUCCGCCGUCCACGAAGCUGAACGUCGAGGAGUACGAGCGCACCGGCGAGACCAAGGUGACCGACCUGGACGCGUCGUUCAAAUCGAACGACUCGCAGGAAACCUCGCAGAACUCGGCCGAUUUGAAGAUGAACGAGAUGAAGCAGAAUUUUAGCAAGUCGUUGAUCGAAUCCUUGUCCAAGCACCAGGCUAGCCAGGAGCUGGGAAACUUUCAACUAAAUAAGAAUCUCUUCCCGGACAACUUCAACGCCGACUUCCAGGUCCAGCACGAGCAGGCCCAGUCCCAGCUGCAGGCCAACGUGGCAAGCUUCUUCCAGCAGCAGGCUUCCGAUCUCAGCAAGGAACUCAUGUCGAACAAGAAGAAAAAGAUCAAGUCCGAAUCGUCGAACGAGUCGCCGAUUCCGGCCGAUCUGCAGAUCGAUUCGACCACCUCGAGUCCGCUGCCGAUGCGGCCGCCGAGUGCGAUCUCGCUGAAGAAGCACAUGGAGAGCAACCGUCAGCUGGGUGGAACUCCGGGCCUGCUGGACGACAUGAAGAUUCCGAGUCCGAUCGAUAGUCCGGUCAUUUCACCGCCCGGCUCGAUCACCGGUGGAAUGAUCUCGCAGAUGGGCGGCCAGAACCAGUCGAUCACGUGUUCCAACGGCAAGCGGGCGAACCGGACGCGCUUCACCGACUACCAGAUCAAGGUGCUGCAGGAGUUCUUCGAGAACAACUCGUACCCAAAGGACAGCGAUCUGGAGUAUCUGAGCAAGCUGCUGAUGCUCUCGCCCAGAGUGAUCGUCGUCUGGUUCCAGAACGCCCGCCAGAAGCAGCGCAAGAUCUACGAGAACCAGCCCAACCCGACGUUCGAGGCGGACGACAAGAAGGCCAUCAACAUCAACUACACCUGCAAGAAGUGCAACCUGGUGUUCCAGCGGUACUACGAGCUGAUCCGCCACCAGAAGAACCACUGCUUCAAGGAGGAGAGCAACAAGCGCAGCGCCAAGGCCCAGCUGGCGGCGGCCCAGAUUGCGCACUCCUUCACCAGCGGCAGCGAAGACUCCGACUCCAGCAUGGACGUCAGCCGGCGGGAAUUUCAACCACGGGAAAAUGACUGCCCCUUCUAGGACGAUCCCGCCGUUUUAGUUCAGCGCCCCUUUGCGCACCUUUUCUAUCACCCCUUUGACCAGUGACUUUUAUUUUAAAGACUUGUAGCGUGCUUCAUUUCUAGCAAAACAAUGCAAAAGAGCCGUUUUAGGUUUGUAAACAAAUAGCGUAUCUUGCUCAUACACUCUUUGUUUACAAACCCACUACGGCCAUUCUGCAUUGUUUUGCUAGAAUUUGACACUUUGAUAAUGACUUUACUCCACCUCAAUGAUGACGAACAUUCAAUUCAAGGUCAAACAACAUUCAGGUAACGUAACGUCACUCACAAACUGUCAAAUUUAAGCGCAAAUAGUACCAGUGCAGCCAGUUUUCCUUUAUUUCGCCCCUUUCUCAGGAUUUAGUUGUAGCAUUCCCUACAUUUUCCCAGUGAUUCAAACAUUCCAGUAAUAUCUUAUGUUUUUAGUAAAAUAGCGCUGGCGCAAUUACUUUCGCCCCUUCCUUCGGUUCCAAAAUUUCCUAACCUAUACAAAAAAAAUCAAAACAUUCCUCCUAACCUUACUAUUAGCGAACAAAUUAUUUACAAAAAAAAAACAAAAACACUUCCACACACUCAAAUCUCGCAAACAGAA